AUAUGCUUCUCUGAAAGAUCAAACCAAAUCCGCGAAAAAACCUGAUAAAUUUCCUCAAAAUUUUGGAAACUAGGGUUUCGAAGAUCCAGGCUUCCCCGAUCUCUGCAACCAUGUCGACGUUCAGUGGCGAUGAGACCGCUCCCUUCUUUGGCUUCCUUGGCGCGGCCGCUGCCCUUGUCUUCUCCUGCAUGGGAGCGGCGUAUGGGACGGCGAAGAGUGGGGUGGGAGUGGCGUCUAUGGGGGUGAUGAGGCCGGAGCUUGUGAUGAAGUCGAUCGUUCCUGUGGUCAUGGCUGGUGUGCUUGGGAUCUAUGGGUUGAUUAUCGCUGUGAUCAUCAGCACUGGGAUCAACCCCAAGGCCAAGUCUUACUACCUUUUUGAUGGCUAUGCCCACCUUUCUUCUGGGCUUGCUUGUGGUCUUGCAGGGCUCUCUGCUGGCAUGGCGAUCGGGAUUGUUGGCGAUGCUGGAGUUCGCGCAAAUGCACAACAACCAAAGCUAUUUGUGGGUAUGAUUCUCAUUCUCAUUUUCGCUGAAGCGCUUGCCCUCUAUGGUCUUAUCGUCGGUAUCAUCCUUUCAUCCCGGGCUGGUCAAUCCCGAGCAGAUUGAGAACAGAAGAAGCCAGACUUAUGGACAUGUCUUAUCCACCAGCUACUCUGCAAACAGAAGAAAAUCUUAUAAGGCUUUUCAUUUAUUUUAUCUUGUGGUUUUAUUGUGAUGCCAGUUGAGUCUGAGAUACAAUAGAGUUCUAUUCUCUUCCUGUUAUUUUAUUGCUUAUGUAUUUUGGUGCUGAUGAUCCACAUUACAGCAUUGGCUCUUUCAUUCUCAUUUCACUUUGGCUUCUUCCUCUUGUUUUAACUUUUAACCCAUUUUGGGUAUGUUUAUUCCAUAAUACCUGCCCUGAAUUGAAGCUUGAGUUGUUUUGUGCUA